GUAAGUAAUGGUACCGCGCGCGACGGCGAGGAGCGUGCCACCGCGGAGGGAGACACCCGGCCAAUAAAGGGAUUUCAAUAAAUAUCCGUUUCUUCGCGUCGUCGGGACACACCGGGGCUGAGCUCGCGAAAUGCGCAUCACGCGGAAGCACUGGACCAUCUGCACUAUAAGCAUUCUGCUGAUUUUUUUUAAGACAAAAGAAAUAACAAGAAGUGUGGAACAUGAGGAAGCCCAACUAGGUUAUAAUGACAUUACAGUAUCAAGGCUGAUGGUCAAUGGUUCUGAAAAAAUACUUGGAAAGGGUGUACCAGCAUUUUUACCACCUAAAGCUGGGGGAUGGACUCUGAAUUCUUCUCUGGUUCUCAUGAUUAGGAAAGACAUUCUUCGCUUUCUGGAUGCAGAGAGGGAUGUGUCAGUGUUGAAAAGCAGCUUCAAACCAGGGGACGUCAUUCACUAUGUGCUGGACCAGCGCCGGACGCUCAGCAUUUCUCAGUCCCUGCACAGUUUGCUUCCAGACGUUUCACCCAUGAAGAACAGACGGUUCAAAACCUGUGCCGUGGUGGGCAAUUCGGGUAUCCUCCUCAAAAGUGGCUGUGGGAAGGAGAUCGACAAUCACAAUUUUGUUAUACGGUGCAACUUGGCGCCACUGGUUGAGUUCUCGGAAGACGUGGGCCUCCAGUCGGACUUCACCACCAUGAACCCCUCCGUCAUUCAGAGGGCGUUCGGCGGCCUGAAGAACGAGUCAGACAGGGUGAGGUUUGUUCAGCGACUGACCAUGCUGAACGAGAGCGUCCUCUGGAUCCCCGCGUUCAUGGUGAAGGGCGGCGAGCAGCACGUGGAGCGUGUCAAUGAGUUGAUCCUGAAAAACAAGCUGAAGCUGAGGACCGCAUACCCAUCGCUGAGGCUCAUCCAUGCGGUGAGAGGGUACUGGCUCACAAACAAAAUUAAUAUCAAACGUCCCAGCACUGGGCUGUUGAUGUACACCUUGGCAACGCGUUUCUGCGAUGAGAUUCACCUUUAUGGAUUUUGGCCCUUCCCUAAGGACUCCAAAGGAAACGCGGUGAAGUACCAUUACUACGAUGCCCUGAAAUAUCGCUAUUUCUCCAAUGCAAGCCCACACAAGAUGCCUCUUGAGUUUAACACUUUGAAAAUGUUGCAUCACAAAGGUGCCCUGAAACUGACAACUUCGAAAUGCACGCAGCUUUGAACUGCUUUUUGCUUGCAGUGCCAUGAAGGUGUGGCAGUGGCGUACGAUCAAUAGGACCAACGUUGUUUUUAUGUACAAAGACAGAACGGAAGACAAAAGGAGGUCGCUUUGUCAGCCAAGUUCAUUGAUAACUCCAUUUAAUGAAUGUCUGAGACAAAAGUAGCUCCGGUUUUUAAAAGUGAGCGUGCCUUGAUUGAACUUUUAAAGGUACAACACAGAGAAUGUGUUAUUAAAAGGGAACAUGCGUAUUUUAAAUCGCUCAAAUGUUUAAAAACUUGGAUUUUCUCAAAAUAAGUACGUUUAAAGUGUUCUCGAUUUAGGAAUAGUGUCAAAAUGUCAUUUUGCCUACUGUCAGUGAGAUUUGGAUAAAGGGCUUUCUGGGUGUAGUUUUAAAAGCCAGAAGUCACGUA